UAAAAAAUAAAAUAUCGAUAAAUGAGGAAUCAUGAUAUAAUAUAAUUAUAACAAAAAUUUGAAAUAUUACUAAAUUUGUGUAUUUUUAAAAUGUGUGAAUUUUAAAAAUAUAUACAAUUAACAAUAAAAAUUUAUAACGAUCGAAUAUGAAUGUUUAAUUUUGCAAUUUCAUUUUUCUUUAAUUACACAUUUACUUUUUUUGGUAAUGUUAUAUUAUUGAUAAUAAAAAUUAUUGUACUAAGCAAAUGUUAUUACUUAAUGAAAUAUAUAUCUUAUACCGUUCGUGUGAAUGGAACUAGGUAUAUAUUAUUACUUACAUGAUAUGUUACUCUAAACAUAUGUAUUCACUGUCAAAGUAUUGUAAAAAUUGCUAUGUAAGAUUGACAAAAAAAAUAUAUAUAUAAAAAUGUUUAUUGGAAGAAAAUUUAAUUCACUAAUUCUAUCAAAUUUAAGAUACAAUUUAGAAAAUGGCCUUCAAUUUUAUAGUGUGUUUCCUCCGAAUUAUAUAAAACCAAUUUACAAGAAAGAUGAACAAGAAGCCUUGUAUCAAAAAGAAACAGAAUUAAAACAAUUUUCUCUUUCGCCUAUAAAACCAGCUAAGACUAAUAAUACAUGUUCUGAAUUUCAUGAUGAAUUAAUUAGAAAAUUCACAAAUUAUAUCAUGAAAAAAGGUGAUAAGAAGAUGGCCAGAAAAAUAGUAGAUGAAACUUUUGAAAAUAUUAAAAUAAAGAAGUUAAAUGAAUAUUAUAAUACUCCAUCUGAAUAUAAGGAAAAUAUUAUAUUAGACCCAAAAGUAGUUUUUUAUCAAGCUAUAGAAAAUUGUACACCAGUUUUAGAACUACAAAAAAUAUCAAGAGGUGGAAUUGCUUAUCAGGUUCCAGUACCAAUAAAUGAAAAUAGAGCCCAAUUUUUAUCUAUGAAUUGGAUAAUAAGAAUUGCCCAGAACAAAGGGAAUGCUGAAAAACUUUCUGAUGUAUUGGCAAAAGAGAUUAUUGAUGCUGCAAAAAAUCAAGGACGAGUUAUUAAAAAGAAAUAUGAUUUGCAUAAACAAUGCGAGGCAAAUCGAGCUUAUGCACAUUAUAGGUGGUUGUAGACUGUUAUGGAUAAAAAUAUGCAUUAUUUGCAGUAAUAACAUUUAUUUAAUUAAAAUGUUAUUUAUUUAAACUAAUAAAUCAUGAAAAGUUAUCCAAAAAUAUUGUAAAAACUGGGUCCUACGAUUCUUCCAUAUUUCAAAUACACUUUCAAUUUUUGAUUAGGUAGUGAUUUAACAUAUAGAGUUUUAAAAUAAUCAUUUGAAUUAUUGGUAUGAAUUUCCUCAAAAGGAAUAAUAUUAUCAGCAGUUGUCUUUAAAUCUAUCCUUCGGCCCCAAUAAUUUAUAUAUGAGAUUAUAAUUUUUUGAUUUUUUAAAUUUUCUUUAUUUUUUUCAUCUUUAAUAUAUAUUGCUCCAACUGUAUUAUUACAUAGAAAACCGAUAGUGUGUAAUGUAGCGGUUAAUAUACAAUUGCAACUCAUAAAAGUUAAAUUUUCUAUGGAUGGCAUGAAACUCAAUAUUUGUAAAGAUAUACAUAUUGGUAUAGUUGCUCCCACAAAAAUUGUGUAAUUACGUUUCAUUUUAUUAAAAAUAUAAGGAACUGUGGCCAUAGGAAGUAAAUAUAAUAUCGUGUAAUCUGGAAAUUGUUUUGAUUGAGGCAAUGGUGAUACAUCAUUAUUAUAUUCUUUGUUUGAUGCAUGAUUAUAUCGUCUGAUUGUAUUAUUAAUACUGUUGUAAAAACAAUAUCUGAAUUGCUUGCAAAAAUGUACGGUAAGUAAAUUCAUAGGGAAUAAUGUUUUAUAUAUGUACAUAAAAAUAAUAAUAAACACAAUGAGAUUAUUUUUCCUUUAAAUUACAAAUGCAUUAAACACAUGGGACUUUCACCAACUACUAUGGAUUUAUGAAAUCA